AUGCGUACUUCGGCCCUUAUCGCCUUUGUCGUGGUGGCAGUCAUCUCUGUCUCUGCAGCUCCGAUCCCUAAGUCCCAGGCACAAGCGCGUUCACCUGGGCUUGCCGGCAUUGCACUCAAAGUAGGCGAGGAAGCAGGCCCCGAGAUCCUCAACCUGGGCGAGGACGUCUUCCACCAUUUCUUCGGUUCAUCCGACGACUCCAGUCAGACGCAGCCGGCCGUCAGCGCCGACCCCACAGCUGCAGCGUCCGCAUCCAGACGGAUGGUUGGAGUUCGCAGUCCAAGCCUGUUUAACCUCGGAGAGGACGUAGUCAAGGACGUGGCCCCGUCGCUUAUCAAAGCCGUACCAGAAAUCGUUCAUCUCGGCGACGACGUCUUCAACCAUUUCGCUGGCUCCUCCAGCGAUGACCAGAGUAGUGCCGCUGCGACAUCAGCAACUGCGAGUGUGUUGAGGAGUAGGCAGGUGCACCCCAUUGGCCCAUUGCCUAGAGCUCUCCUCCUGGGUCCAGGAAUCAAGUUACCCUUUGGACUUCCCUUGGGCCCGGGGCUCGAGAUUCCCAAUUUGACUCCUCCGAGUCCGGGCGUGCCGCCUUUCAGAGCUCUACACCGGCAGCCAC